AUGACUGGACAGCAAAGUCCACCAGAGAUCAGUAUUGCUCUACGCGAGACAAAGGGCCUUAAGAACAAGAGUGUACUUUGGGAGAAUAUAGAGCUCCCGACAGACAUUUUGUUGCUGACAGUGAACGAAUGCGAGUUUUUAAGUUGUCUUUCAUUCCUGAACUCUGAAUUCUCUAAGAGUUAUCACAAAAGUCUCGGAUUUGUGUUCUUCGGGGAUAUUGGUGAAGAUGACGCGACAAAGCUAAAAAUUGCCUUGAUGAAAUGCAGUGCGGGCUCGACCGGCCCUGGAGGCUCCACUGUUGUUGUUCAAAAUGCCGUUGCUGUCUUAAGGCCAAAAGCUGUUAUCAGCGUGGGGUACUGCGCAAGUCUAAUCCGCGAAAAAGCCAAAUUAGGAGAUGUGGUAGUUUCAGCAAAGCUAACAACAUACGCACCUAUCAAAGUUGGGGAGAAUGGUGAUAUUGAGGAACUAGGUCACAGUGUGCCUCCCAAAAAGCAUCUUGCGGACCUCAUUAAAAGUGUUGAUGACGGCUGGGAAGCACCUCUAAAAAAGCCAGGUGAAUUAGUCCCGACGGUAUUCCGCGAUGGGGUAUUUCUGAGUGGGCCUGAGGAAGUCAAAAGUCAGCAACGAUGUGCCCAGCUCAAAAAGCGAUUCCCAAACGCUGUUGCAAUAGAAAUGGAAGGAGAAGGUAAAUGUGAAGUAACACCACAACUCAAGCGUUUUAUGAUAAUGUUCGUGGUAUGUUGUCCUUUGCCAAACAUUCAAUUUUCACAAAGGGGAGGACGAGCUUGGCUUUCCCUUAGUCGAAUUAUAUGCUCGUGUCUAGAUAUAAUACUUAUUACGCCAAGUAUAAACUGCCUAACACGGCUGAGACAAGAGCUGAAUAGUCGUCAAACCUGUAUUAUUUAUAAAAAACCACUAUAUCAAGGUUUUCCCGUUCUUACGAGUCUAUUUUCUUCUUUUUGUCCCACUUGCUUUAUUCUUAGGCCUCUACGCUGCUGCACAUGCUCUAGACAUCGAGUGGAUUAUCAUUAAAGGCAUCUCUGAAUACGCAGACGGUAGCGGUGCUUCACAGGACUCCUGGAGACGAUUUGCCAGUGUAAUGGCGGCUUCAUUGACCGUUAAUAUGCUCAGCGAGUCCAUUGUUUUCCCAACGUGGCCUCAUUAUGGAGGUGAGGCUUGA